AUGGAGGAAAAAGAGAAGAAGAAGCAUCGUGCAAAGCAUAGUGGGCCAAAGGCAGAGAAGAAAAGGAAACGUUAUCUCAGUGACCUAGGAAUAGGUGACGAGGAGAAUGCGCGGAAGAGAAACCCCAAAGCCUUUACAGUCCAGUCCGCUGUGCGGAUGGCCAGAACUUUCCAUAGAACUCAGGAUUUGAAGACUAAAAAACAUCACAUUCCUGUGGUUGACCGUACUCCUUUGGAGCCACCUCCUGUGGUGGUGGUUGUAGUCGGCCCUCCCAAGGUGGGGAAGAGCACUUUAAUAAAAUGUCUCAUUAAGAACUUCACAAGGCAAAAACUGGUUGAAAUCCGGGGUCCUGUUACAAUUGUUUCAGGUAAAAAACGCAGGCUAACUAUUAUUGAAUGUGGAUGUGACAUUAACACAAUGAUUGACCUGGCUAAAGUUGCUGAUUUGGUUCUAAUGCUAAUUGAUGCCAGCUUUGGAUUUGAGAUGGAAACAUUUGAAUUCCUGAACAUUUGUCAGGUACAUGGCUUUCCCAAAAUUAUGGGAGUUCUUACCCACCUGGAUACAUUCAAGAACAACAAACAAUUAAAGAAGACAAAAAAGAAGCUAAAGCACAGAUUCUGGACUGAAGUGUAUCCGGGUGCUAAGCUGUUUUAUCUGUCUGGGAUGGUUCAUGGAGAAUACCAAAAACAGGAAAUUCACAAUUUGGGACGUUUUAUCUCGGUUAUGAAAUUCCGACCUCUUACUUGGCAAACAUCUCACCCAUAUGUUCUUGCAGACAGAAUGGAAGAGUUGACAAACCCAGAAGAUGUUCGAAUCAAUCCCAAGUGUGACAGGAAGAUAUCACUUUAUGGAUACUUGAGAGGAGCACACCUAACAAACAAGAGUCAAAUUCAUAUGCCAGGUGUAGGAGACUUUACUGUGAGUGAUGUGAGUUUCCUGCCAGACCCUUGUGCUCUACCUGAACAGCAGAAGAAGCGUUCUUUAAAUGAGAAAGAGAAACUAGUCUAUGCCCCUCUUUCAGGCGUUGGGGGCAUUGUAUAUGAUAAAGAUGCUGUUUAUAUUGACCUUGGUGGAAGCCAUGCUCAUGAAAAAGAAGAGGAAGAAGUGAGACCAAAUCACGAACUAGUUCAGAGCCUCAUCUCCACACAUUCAGCCAUUGAUGUCAAGAUGGCGUCAAGCAAAGUCUCUCUCUUCAUGGACUCUAGACCCUUAGGUUCAGAAGAUGUAGGACAAGAGUUUGUGAUGCCAAAGGAAGAAAGACAGGUGGAUUUGAAGACUGGAAGAGUACGUCGAAAGGCAGUAUUUGAAGAAGAGGAGAAAGAAAAUGAUGAUGCAGUAAGUGAUGAGGAAGACGACCAAGAAGAAGCAGCAAUGUCUGAGGAUGGAAGUGAUGGUGAUGAUGAAGAUGAUGCUGAGGAAGAAGGUGACAGAGAGCUGUUAGGGGAAGAGAUGGCUGUUGGGAGAGCCAAACGUCUGAAAACAGAGGUGGCUAAAGAAGAAGCUGUGAAUGAACUUCCAGCAUUUGCAGACAGUGAUGACGAUCUUGAGAUGAGUUCUGAAGGAGAAGGAAAAACUGCCCCUGAAGAGAAUGAGAUGGAGGAAAAUGAGGAGGAGGAUGAUGAAAGUACUUAUGAAAAUGAAAGCUCAGAUAGUGAAUUUGAGGCUGCAAGCAAAAGAGUAGCUGAAUCUAAGCAGUAUGGAAUAAGUAGUGAAGAUACAGAAACGAGAUCACGAAUCUCAGAUCGCAGUCUGAAAAGAAAGGCAGUGCUCACUACGGAUUCAGGAAACUGCACAGCAGAAGAGGCAUCAGAAUCUGAGGCUGAAAACUCUUCCCUUGAGGAGGGUGAUGAUGAAGGAUCACAUGAUGAAUUAGAAGUUGAGGAGUCAAAUGGGAAGGAAUUUCAGCACACUCAAGUAAAGAAAGCUGAUAGUAUUAGACAGACUAAACUUAAAGCUGUAGAAGCUGAGGAUGAUGAUGUGGAAAAUCUACUGAGAGAGGAAGAGGAGUAUGAAGAAAAAAUAGAUUUUUCUGCUGACACGACAGGUGCACUUAAGUGGAAAGAGGACCUUACAGAGAAAGCAGCUCAGGCCUUCCUAAGACAGCAACGUUCAACCCCCAAUCUUCGUAAACUCGUAUAUGGAACAGUUGUUGAGGAUGAGGACCACAAGAGUGAGGAUGCAGAUGAUGAACUUGGAGGUUUGUUUCAUGUCAGCCGUCCAGACAAGGCAUCCAAACAGAAUGCUAAUGCUCUUGACUGCUCCAAAUUUCUGAUAGAAAAGCUGCAAGACUGGGAUUUAGAAGAGGUUAUGAGCAGUAUUCGAGACUGCUUUGUUACUGGAAAGUGGGAAGAUGAUAAAGAUGCAGCAAAGUUGUUGCAGGAAGAUGAAGAACUGUAUGGAGAUUUUGAAGAUCUUGAAACUGGUAUUGUGCACAAAGGAAAGCCCUCUACUGAAGGAGAUGAGUCUGAAAGUGAAGAAGAGGAAGAAGAUGGAAAAAUGUCGAAGCCAGAACCUGAGGAGGAGGAAAAGAAAAAGGAGCGCAUGGACAAGAAACGGAAACUAAAAGAAAUGUUUGAUGCAGAGUAUGAUGAAGGGGAUGCCACGUACUUUGAUGAUCUUAAAGAAGAAAUGCAUAAACAAGCCCAGCUUAAUCGAGCUGAAUUUGAAGAUCAAGAUGAUGAGACCAGAGUGCAGUAUGAGGGCUUCCGACCUGGGAUGUAUGUUCGAAUAGAGAUUGAGAAUGUUCCAUGUGAAUUUGUCCUGAAUUUUGACCCUCAUUAUCCUGUUAUCCUGGGUGGUUUAGGCAACAGCGAGGGAAAUGUUGGAUAUGUACAGUUGCGCCUGAAGAAGCACCGAUGGUAUAAGAAGAUACUUAAGACACGUGAUGCUUUAAUCCUCUCAUUAGGGUGGAGGCGAUUUCAGACUAUCCCUAUGUUCUACAUUGAAGAUCACAAUGGGCGUCAUAGGCUUCUCAAGUACACACCCCAACAUAUGCAUUGUGGAGCAACUUUUUGGGGGCCCAUCACUCCUCAGGGGACAGGAUUUUUGGCAGUUCAGUCUGUCAGUGGCACAACGCCUGAUUUCCGGAUUGCUGCCACAGGAGUUGUGCUCGAUUUAGAUAAAUCCAUAACUAUUGUGAAGAAAUUAAAGCUAACUGGUUUUCCAUUCAAAAUUUUUAAGAACACUUCUUUUAUUAAGGUAU